AUGUCGUCUUUUCAAUAUUCAGCUCUUGACCCUGAGCAACUUCGGUUCUUGGCGUUACAUCCUGGAGCUCCUCAAGAUCCCCUCGCUGGUACUCUAUUUCUCGAUGAUCUCGACCAAGACUGGGAACUGCCUUACUAUCAGGCAUUAUCCUACUGCUGGGGAGAUCAGUUAUCGCCAGACAGUAUCAUUCUGAAAGAGCGGAUUUGGUCUGAUGAGGGAGGCAAUCUCGACAUUCGACGAAAUCUAGCGUCAGCUCUCCGACAACUUCGCCAUCCAAAGGAAGAACGCAUCAUUUGGUGCGAUGCCAUCUGUAUCAAUCAACAAGACCUCGCCGAGCGUUCUUCACAAGUAAGACGCAUGAGCAAAAUUUAUAGACUUGCUAAUAGGGUCAUAAUAUGGCUUGGUCCCGAAACCUCUUGGAGUACUGUCGCCAUGGAUACUCUACGCUGGGCGGAUAAACAAACUAGCUCUGACCGCUCCCUUCCGCUGAGCAGAGAACAAUGGACAGCGAUAGAGCACCUGCUCGACUUGGACUGGCAUAAACGCCUAUGGACUUACCAAGAAGUAGGUCUGGCAGACCAGGAGACUUGUACUGUCAGGCUCGGCUCUGAGGAAAUGCUAUGGACCGUUUUUAAGGACCGUCUCCAGUUUGUGUCUACGUUCAAACAGGGAGAGCCUUCCUUAAGGUCUGAUCCUGCUACAUACAGCUUAAAUGUGGCUACAUUUACCCUAAAGGCCAUCGCAAACUCGAUGAGUAUCACUGCCGGAGAUUUGAUGUUACCAGCUUUUUCAGCUUCGCUUUUCGAAUGCUCCGAUGCCCGUGAUAGGGUAUUCGCCUGCCUCGGUUUCGUAAAACCCGAAGUAGUACAGACCAUCGAAGUUGAUUACACCAAGUCUGCCAAAGAGGUUUUCACUUCCGUGUGUCUUGAUAGCCUCGUCCGACAUCAGUCCCUCGAGUUUCUGGGUUACUGCAGAGCACCUACUAGCCCUAGCUGGGUACCUGAUUUGGAGAACACCUUCGGUACACCUUUAUUUGAUGUGACCUAUGGACGUGUUCGAGAUCAUUACAUGGAGAAAUUGGGUCCCCUGAACGGGAGUCUUCUGCCAUCCCUCGAAGAUUGGAGGAACAGGAUACGAGUACUGAUCGAUGGUGACUUGAACGGCGGUGAUGAUGGUACAGAGUGGCGAGAAAUGGAUAAAAGAUUGAUGCGUUUUGUACCGGGUGGAUCUGCAUCUCGGUGCGUGAAGACUCAGAAAGGAACUUUCAUAAGGGUGACACAAGGGAGUCGCGAAGGUGACUUGGUGGCAGUCAUCCUUGGUCUACAACAACCACUGGUUCUGCGACCUGGGACCAAACCAAACAGCUACUCUGUUAUAGGCACGUGCUACCACCCGGGACUUGCCAACGGGUCAGCACUACUGGGCAACGACUUAAGUGGCUGGGAGAGGCUAUGGGAUCGGAAAUGCUUCGAGGCUGCUUUCUACAAGGAGGGGUUUCCUGUGCGUUAUACUGACCCACGUCUUGAUGGCAUCCCUCUUGAGGAUGGUUUUCACGAACGAAGUAGGGUAAUCCGAGGUUGUAACACUCCAGUCUGGGUGCAUGAAGACAACGAAGGCGAAUUUCAGGCCAAUGAUCCUCGUAUGUCGGAAGAAGCAUUGAUGAAGAGGGGUGUGCCAGUGAAGAGGCUGAAGUUGAUUUGA